UCAUUUGAAUGGGAGGGUCUUAAUUCAACAAUAAAUAGAGCAUCAUUUUUGAGCACAAUAUUAUUCAACUAGACCCUCUUCACAGACUGCUGAUAACUGCUGAAUUGUGAAGGUCUUCUGUGAGGUUGAUACAGUGAUAAAUUCCAGGAUGGCCAUCCGUGUGAUUGUGUUUCUAACACUUACUGGACUGUGUGUCGCUGAUUCCAAAGGGAAUCUUGCUCUUAAUGCCAAGGCUGUGCAGUCCUCCACAGCCCCGCUGGGAGAUGCUCAACAUGCAGUAGAUGGAGACAGAAACUCAGAUGCCAAUAAGGGCUCAUGUUCUCACACUAAUUCUGACUUUAAUCCAUGGUGGAGAGUUGACCUUGAAAAUGUCUACAGUAUAAGCAACGUUACCAUCACUAAUCGUCAAGACUGUUGCAAAGAGCGGCUUAAAGGAGCUCAGAUUCGUAUUGGUAACAGUCUGGACAACAACGGAAACAACAAUGAACUGGCUGCAACUAUUCUCACUGCUCCUGAUGGCACAGAAACAUUUUCAUUUGAGCAUAUUAAUGGCCGAUAUGUCAACAUUAUUAUACCUGGGCGCAAUGAAUAUCUCACACUGUGUGAAGUCGAGGUGUUUGCAGAUAACUACACACCGCCGUACAUUUGUGUUCCAAAGAAUCUUGCUCUUGGAGGAACAGCUGUCCAGUCUUCCACAUACGAUCAAUUAGCAGCUGCUCAAAAAGCUGUCGAUGGCAACAGGAAUUCAAUUCGCAGUGGUGGGUCAUGCAGUGUGACUAAAGCGGACAAGGACCCCUGGUGGAGAGUUGACUUAUUGGAAGUUUACAAGAUAACCAGGGUUAGCAUCACUAAUCAUGGAGAUGGUUGUCCAGAGAGAAUAAAUGGUACUCAGAUCCGUAUCGGCAACAGCCUGGAAAAUAAUGGCAACAAUAAUCAGCUGGCUGAAACUGUUGAGUCCAUCCCACUUGGAGAGACAAAAACAUUUAAGUUUAAGCCUAUUAAGGGGCGAUAUGUCAACAUUUUUAUUCCUGGGCGCAAUGAAUAUCUCACACUGUGUGAGGUUGAGGUGUAUGAAGAUUAAGUGGAAUGAGAUGAUGUUACACCACAGUCCACUGAUCCUAUAAGCAAAAUACCAAACUACUGUUUUCUGAGCAAUACUAAUAUUGCGCUUUUUUUCAUUGUUUUCAUUUUACCUGUGCACCUUUUAUUCUUAAGAUAAAAGAUAAGUUUCAGUGCACAUUCAGUAAAGGAAUAAAAUGGAUCUUAAAAUGGAUCUAUCUUUUACCCUCCUUUGUUUAUCUUUGCUUUCUACAUGAAUAAAUGACUUCAGCAUUGCAUGUUGUAUUUCAUGUUUCUGGAUCAAAAAGGCUCAUUUAGAUAUUCACAAUGAGGAGGAGGUGUAGUGUUACAUAGCUACCCAUCUAGAGUUGAGGAGCUGGUAACAAAGUACAGAAAUAUUUUUUUCAAAAAAGAAAGUUAAAGAAAACAGAGAACGAGGAUGUCAAACCUUCUAUCUCAGAAUCAACAACGCAACCACCAAUUCAACCAAUAUUAACUUUAAAUUUUCUGUUAUAAAGAGUAAAAAAGGCACAAAAUUAACAAAAACCAUAUCACAAAUAUCAAUAUCAAAAAGAAUAAUAAUGAAAAUACAGACGAUAACUUCAGGGAAGAGCCAAAAUAACAAACAAAACAAAAAACUAACUAACCCAGAAAUCUCUCUAAAUUACCUGGAAAAAAAUAAUCCAGAAAAAUAAAUGACAUAAAUCUUCCCUCUCUCCCUGUAACUUUAAACAGGAGAAAAUCAGGAUUACAAACAAAAAUGGCUCCCUCCACUUUCAUUCCCCAAAUCAAGAAAGAACGAUCCAAUCGCCUCCAACAUCAACUGACU